AUGGAUUCCUGUUUUGAGCGACUUCGCUUCCAUUCCGAUUGGCCGCAAAAAAGCCAUCAUGAACUCCCUUCAUUGUGUGAUGCUAUGUUCGAAAUUGACCGCAUUUCUUAUUUGAUAUUCGGUUUUCCCAUCGCAUCGCCUAGCAAGAAACGCUUUUUCCUGAAUAUCACUGGUUCUAUCCAUCAAAACGACUAG